AUGUCAAACUCAAAAACAUUUAUAAAAAGAAUUUUUAAUAGAUCAAACACAUUCUCAGUAGAAGCAGCUUCGGAAGGACUUAACGAUAAUCAAGUUGAUAGUUUUAAACAAAACCGCGAAGUUGUGGGGAACAAUAAUCAAAGAAAAGUGAAAUCUUGUGUUGUUAGUGAAAAAGAAUAUCAAAAGAUGUUAAAGAAGGAAAGAAAGCAAGCGAAAACAAAAUUGGAAUUAAAAAUAUCCUGUAAUCCUGACGUAAUGAAUCCACAUUGUAUGCUGUUUUACGCAGUGCAAUAUAAAGAUUUCGAUUUACUGGAGCAUGUGAUGAAAACAUAUCCAAGCUUUGAUAUCAACCAACUGAACGACGACGGCAUUGCAGCAAUUCAUUUUGCAGCAAUGGUUGGUUCAACUGAAAGUAUCGCCAUUUUGAAAUCGUUUGGUGCAGAUAUAGACAAAGAAGACAUUCGCGGUAAUCCUCCUUUUCAUUAUGCAAUAUUGAUGAAAAAAUACAACUUUGCCGGUGCUCUAUUGCGUCAAGGAGCAAGAGAUAUCAUACUACACAACCAAAGCCCUGAACUUUUAAAAGGCUCAAAUUUGGCGAAAUUCAAGAAACAUUACCAGGCUGCAUUGGUGAUGAACAUAAUUUUGAGAAACAUGAAACUUUUAGGGGGAAUUUUUUUUAACAAAACAGCCUAA